CUGUUUCCGGGUCUUGGAAAUGCUUCCGAGUUACGCCGGAUCUUGUCAGGGUCGAGCGGUUUGAUUGCUCCCGACCUUGCGGGUUUAGACGAGAGGAAAGCCGGUCGCGGUUGGGCCGUUCAGUAGCCAUGGUGUCGUACUGGAGACAGGCUGGGCUCAGUUACAUCCGGUAUUCUCAGAUCUGUGCCAAGGCAGUAAGAGAUGCGUUAAAACCACAGUUUAAAGCAGAAGCAGAGAAAGUAGCAGGAGCAAAUGUAAAAGUAGUGAAAACAAAAAAAGAAUGACAUGCAGGGCCUGAUCUCUAAUGGAGAAAACGCUGACUCAUGGAAUUGCCCUUCUUCACAACCUAACGACUUUCUGUUUUGUGAAAUUUCUCUGCAAUUAUGUAAAUCAACAUGUCAAUAAAUAGAACUUUGUGAAAAUA